GAUGAGUUGUGCAGCUGGAAGAGACAGGUCGGGAAGACAGCUACAGCGGAGUGAAAAAUGAGCAAUCUGGCGGUGGUACUGACUGCUGUAAUCGCUGUUCAACUUGUUUGGUUUCCUGUUUAUGCGAAAGACGACAAGUGUAAUACAGAAUAUGAAACCACUUGUGUCAGAAAAGUAAGCUGCUCCUUUCAUGACAAGAUCGUCGAAGAGAGGAGAGAAUUUAGGAUCGAGUACAAAAAUCCUGGUCAAAAGGAAGAAGUCAUCGCAACGUGUGAGUGGCGCAACGGGCAAUUUUCUUGUGACCCAGCCAAGGGUUACACGUGUGACGAGCAGCCGAGCAACAACUUUUCUGUUCUCAUAGACACUGCACAAAAAUGUCUGACUGAUGGAGAAAUUCUGUUUGAUGUGGCCUACGAACAAAUCAUCCGAUGUAAUCUGUCAAAUGGAGUUGGCAAUGGCAACCCAAAAAUUGAAAAUGACAAAAGACCAGGGAGCACAAACAAGCCUCAGAGUGAACAAGAGGGGAAUGGUGUGACUGUUGGUGUCAGCUCUGCCUUUGGCAUAGUCGUCCUCCUUGUACUUGUCAUUCUUGCAGCUUUCUUUUGGAGGAGACGACGCCAACUAAGAACAAAGCAGACGAACAACCAUGACGAAGAAAAAGGUGAUCACGUCAAGGAAAAAGAAGAGUUUAUAAAACCAGAGACGACAAAGAAAUCAGUGAGGAAUGAAGACGCUUUGGAUGCUCCGUAAAUUUACUCCAAUUCUGGAGGAUCAAGUAUUGUGUAAGACACUGAGCGCCAUGUGUAUUAUGAGCUGCAAGUCUCGACUGCUUAGCAACGAAAAACAAUUUCAUGUUACACCAAAUCAAAGUGCUUUUACUUGGCAGAGAACAAUGGUGCUCUGAAUUAACAGAAAAUAUAGUUUAUAAGAAAUUGGAAACAUUUUUUAAAUCGCAGAAACAACAGUAGUUUUAAGUCGAAGAAACAGUGGGUUUUUUUUUUCAAGUCACAGGAAACAGUAUUUUUAGGAUAGAGAGUGUUUCAAUCAUGUCCUUAAGAAAGAUUGCAAGAUUGAAUACAACACUGAAAUAAUUACUGUCGACUGUUCUAGCUAGUUACACAUCAGCAGACAAAAGGAAAUGUUCAGGCUGGAGGUGAUAUGUUGUCUUUACUUUCUUUCAAAUGUUUAAGCAACAUGAAUGUUGACCAGGGUCUAUCAUGUACGUGUUAUAAAUUACUAAUUCAUUGUAAGGUCAUUAACAACACAUGUCCAAGACAGUUUAGAGUGCUACGAUGAAGCCCCAGUGUGUUUUAGCUCGCACCAUUGUUUCACUGUAACAAGGCUAUCUAGUCAACUAAGAGAUGUGGAGGGGAUUGGUUCACAAGGUUUUCAGCCAAACUUUGAGGUUUGCUCAGUCAGGUGAGACAUCAAGACAACACCAAUGUGAUGUUAGAGUAAAACUGCAUUUAACGUGUUUGGACACACGCAGACAUUGAAGCAGCAUUGACAUUGUCUGCGUCUGUGUUUUUCUCCAUAAGAGGACAAGCAACGUUACUAACAGAACUGCACUGUAUAUGGUUAUAAAGAUUUAAUCAAAACUUAAACAAAGAAUUAUUUGCUAGUGUGGCGAUCUAAGAAUGUCUAUGUUUGUUUAAUUUAAGCUCAUCAUAUGUGUUUUGGCUUCUGUACUACUUCUGUGUGUAAGUUUUAUCUUUUUAUAAAGUUAAAUUCCAAAAUCCUUUUGUAAUAAAAUAAUCGUAAUUUUAGUCAGUCAUUUAUAUCGACUUUGCUUAUGUACUUUUGCAUAACUGUCUAAAGUAACGUACAAGGGGAGAUAAAUUCAGAUAUCUUCAACCACUCUUUGCAUUUUGGAUUAUCCACAAAAGUAAUAUUGCUAUGAUAACAUUAAAUGCCAAGCUGCCUCAAAAACAAAGUUGGAAAAAGUUAACUUUCGGAACUACUGUUUUGUUUUAAUUAAGACAGGUGUUUUCUUGUUCUUUGAAUGAUCUAAUUUUAUUAUUUUUAAAGAAAAUAAUCCCCAAAAAAAGUAAAUAUGCGUACCAGUAGCCAGCUGAGAUAUUUUUCUAUUUUAUUCUAUGGUAAAAUGGUUUAUUUGUAAUAUUUUUGUUUAUCAUACUGUGACGUAUGCAUUUAUUGUCUGCCAUUGCAACUACUAGGGUACACCCACCUAUGGACCUACAUUCAUAUUUGUGCUAUCUCCAUCAUUCUUAUAUACGAUGUCAUACUAGUGUUCUCACUGUACAUUAUUUUCAAUAUUCUAUUGAGCACUAGCUGACGUGUGGUGGGUUUUGACGAUGAAAACGGUAUAACUCACAUGUGUAACCUUUUGUACUCCUCCUAGAUAUGACCGAUAUAGCAUUUCUGUAAUUUAUGAACACAUAACCUCUCCGCAAGCAUUGCUCUCACAGUCGAAGGUGUGGAAUAAUUCAUGCAUGAAAACGGUUUUGAGAUUUUAGUUUUGUUUUGUUUUGUUUUUUUGUUGUAAAUGUAUUUUAGUCGUGCUGUAGUGAUAAAAGCUUCAGCUUUACUGCUACUAGUAGCUUCACUGUCUCUAGAGAUGGACGUGGGUCCCUGCUUAUAAAUAGUGUUCUACAAAGAAGCAAGAACGACUGACAGAUGGAUAGGCCUAAUAGGUUUAAUCUACACAGUGGAUUCUUUUCUUCAGUUAUUUGCUUAUCCUUUACUUCAUUCUUUGUUCCUUUUCUUUUUCGUUCUUUACCUGUAGAUUCCCAUUGACCCAUACUGUGAUACAGAGACGCAGAUACUGAAACUGAUAUUCUCAUGAGCAUUUAAUUUUCAUAGCUGGCUGGUCCGCUGCUUUUGUAUCCCGACCAUUGACAUUUCAGAGUGAUCAAGGAUAUGCUGACCUUGUUAUAAUUUUCUUCAGGAAAUGACUAUCGUUAUUCAAGUCACGUAGAGACGUGAGCUGUCGAGGGAGCAAUCCAGUGCACUGACAAUGACGACCGUUAUCUACCUGACCUGGCUCGAUCGAUCAGCUGAUACAUCGUCGACAACAAGAUUAUUUUUGUCGACGCUGUUACUAAGUAACACAACACCUUUUUUACACACAAAAAAUGUACACCAAGUGUGAGUUAAGUGGCGUGUGCGUGCGUGGACAUGCGCACUUGAAUUGUGUGUAUUGUAUCUGGUGUGUCUUACACAUAUAUUUCAUUCAUUUCUACUUUUUUUAGUUUUUAGACCUUUGUUGUUUCUUUUUACUUUAAGUACAGUGUAAUUAUGAGAACAAAUGAGGGGUAACAAAUAUAGCAGUGGUGAUGCGUGUGUGUUUCUUCUUUGAAUGAAGCUGUUAUAAUUAUACUUAUUCUCUUUAACGAUACCUUUUGCAAAGUGUUCAUGAAAUAAAGCUUGUGA